AUGCGCUGCCUCUCCUGCGCACUCCCAUCAUCUACGUGCCCCUAUGUUGUCUGCGCUCUCAACGCCCCGCUGCAGACGCCCAUCACUGAUACGCUCGCGAACCAAUUGCGAGUUUCGACGUGGCUCCGGUCCGCACCCGCAACCUCUACCUUCACGUUCGUCGUCCCCGCGCCUACACUUACACCAGAUCUAUACCCCGGUGCCUCAUGCUCCCUGCGUCGAGGCUCCACGCGAGAUGCGCCGCGGAACAGGAUUCAGGAUGACCCUCACGUACGGCCCCCUCCCUCCUCCACUGCACCCGGCGCUUCUCAGAACUCCACCUCGCAGCUCUCCCUCACACGCUCAUCUUCGACGAAGCCCGCGGACAUGAGCUCAGGCAUGCCUUCAUGCACCCGGAGUGCCAUACGAUCGCGUCCGUCGUCAUCUUCUGAGCAACAAGCUCCGGUGGCGCCCCCUCCUAUUCUCCCAUGCCCGGGGCGUAAUCUUUCGCGCCGUUCGGUGCGUGCGCGACGGGGCUCGACGAGGACGACAAGCCAGGGCGACGCCUCGGCCUCUUGGCACCCCGAUCACGCCGAUCGUGCUCUCUUGUCCUCCCCAUCGUGUCCAUUUGCCCUCUCCUCUACGCGCCUCCAUUGUAUUCCAACGCACCCACUCGACGUACCCAUUUCGUCUCCGCCCGUCACCCUGUCCAAGGCCAACCACCUCUUCACACCCACCACGUCCAUCACCCUCGCUUCCCGCACGCCGGCUUAUAUCCUAUGCGGUUUCCUCCUUCCCCAUCCCCCUUUCCUUCCCCACACUUCCCCGCCCCCGCAUUCCUCGCCAUCAAUCACCACCCGCCAUCAAUUUCAAAAACCGACUCCCAGCUUGCCGACCAUCCAAACCACGCACGCCCAUUGGUGCGGCUCCCGGGCCGGGCGCCCCGCUGCCCGGACGUCUGGGACGGGCGGCUCGUCUGUUAGCAGCGGAGUUUCGGCGCGCGUGCAAACGGGGGUUGCGUAUUGCGUGGGGGUCUGGGAGGCUGGGAUCGAGGGCGGGGAAGGGGGACCGUGGCGUUCAGGGACGGUGACGGUGCGCUGUUUGUGCGGCCUGGAUAUUUUGGUCCUGCGGGACCGUGCUGCGACGUGGAUCCUGGGUCGCCGCAUGCUGCUCUGGAGCGCACUCGGUGGCCAUGUCGGCGCGUAUUUGGGUGGGAUGUGCAUAGUGCGUGCGACGCUUCUUUCUCGCGUGAAGGCGCUUGGUGACUGCGCGGGUGCGAAUGCGACCCGCCGGGUUCACUUGGUGGAGUUGGAGUUGGUGGCGUGCGGCAAUGGAAAUGGUGGCGGUGGCGACGGCGAUGGCGAUGGACCUACACGAUCUAUCCCUGCGCCAUCAUUCCGAGUCCUGCCUCACUCCCUCCGACCGAUCGACCCGGUCUCGCGUGCUCCGCAUGGGUUUAUGCGUUCGUGCGUGGUCCUGGCAUCCCUCGCGAGGAGGAGCCGGGUUGCGGGACCAGGGCCCGAGCGCCUCGGAGCCGUGGCGCUCGGCGCAUGUACGACUCCGGUCCUGCCAGCUCAGCGAGGCGUGUCAGACGCGCUGCGCUGUGAAGUGUGGUGGUGCGUGGAUGUGUCUUGGAUUGUCUGUGCGGCUUCUAGUUUUGCAGUUUGCUUCUGGGCUGGGAAGAUGGCUGCUGGAGUGUCAAGAGAAGGGGGAGUGCGCUGCGAGGUUCGCGGUUCGGGUUUUCAAGGGCCCCCGAAGGAGGCUUGGUCUGUGUGGGCGUUCGAGGGGGAGAUGGAGCGCCUCGGAGCGCUGUGCGUUUGGUUUGAUGUGGGCUCUUCCGAACAGUCUUCUCCUGCUCGUGUUGAGGUUUUUCGGCGAUUGUGA